AAAAUAUAUCCUUCAAAUUCAAUUCAAUUUGCCAUUUCCUUCAAUUUCAGUGAGCGGCUUCGUUGAACUUCGUUUUAUUCCUACUCUUGAUUGCGCCGGUCCCGUCCAAUUUCGUUUUCACAAACGGUGCAAUUAAAGUUAAAUACUUGAAAAUGUCUGUCCAAACGUUGCUGCUAGAUUUCUCGAUCGACCCCGCCCGCCUAGGAGACGAAAUCGGGCAAAAAACGGUAUUCGGACAGUUGGAAACCGUGCUGAAGGAAUACAUUCCGAAUCUUAUUUUAGCCACCGAGUUAAAGCUGGAAGGUGGAUCUUUGAAGCUGUUGACUGGCAAGAAGGGCACUACGGUGUCUGUGAGACUGUUUGACCGUGGCCUUGUCACUGUAAACAUUGAAUAUUAUAAGGAGGAGAACGAGGAACCAUUAAUUAACCUCAAGUCGGCGAGAGUAUUGGAAAAUCAACUGAAAAAAUACAUCAAUAUUAUUAAAUCGCAAGCAUACGCGCCGCUAAAGCGAUGCCUCUUCGGCAGGUACUAUCCGACAUCGGACGAUCGCCUACUAGAGUACGAUAUCGAUUCCGUAAUAUUCGACGAACAGUCGCCUUUCCAAAGAGUUCAAAUCGUCCAUUCCAAGACUCUCGGCAAUAUGUUGGUGCUAGAUGAAUUACAAAAUAUCUCCGAGGCUGAUCUCAUUUAUACUGAAACUUUGAUGCAGAGAGGUAAAGAGAACUACGAAGGGAAAGAAAUCGUCAUCUUAGGUGGCGGCGACGGAGCUCUUUUGUACGAACUCCUCAAGGAGAAACCAAAGUACGUGUGGAUGCUGGAAAUUGACGAGGUUGUGAUGACCGCCUGCAACAAAUACUUGCGGUCAAUAUGCGGGGAUGUGCUGGAGACCAGAAAAGGCCCUAACUAUGAAGUGAUUGUUGAGGAUUGCAUGCUGACUGUGAACAAAUUCAUCGCAGAGGGCAAGAAGGUUGACUAUAUAUUUGGGGACCUCACCGAUAUUCCCAUCUCGGAAUCCGCAUGUGGAGAACUCUGGGAAUUCAUGAUCACUAUCCUGAACUCUUCAUUCAAGAUUCUCAAGCCUAACGGGAAGUUUAUGACCCACGGUAAUGGCGCCACUUCCCCCGAAUCUCUGGAGCUGUACGAGCAAGAGCUUGCCAAGCUGAAGCCGCCAGUCAAGUACACGAAGAGCAAAGCCUUCGUACCAUCGUUCCUAGAAGACUGGUACUUCUACCACAUAUCCUUCGCGACCACCGACAACGGGGAUGCUUAACACCACACCAAAGAUAUAAAAGUAUUCACAUUUUUACUAAGUCAUAUUAAUGCCAUAUUCCUAGGUAUAAACACCACACAUAAUAAGUUAGAAGCAGUGUCCAAAUUGGGGUGGAAUUGUACUACAAUAUCAAACAAAAAUAUUAAAAUAUUUCACAAAAAAACUUCAUACAAUUUCACCUUGAUCUGGACAAAGCAUACAGUUUCUACGAAUGAAAUCGACGAAGAUUUCGUGGAGUUAUUUUGUAUUAUUAAGAUUAAUGUUUUCCUGAGUUUUAGUUGUGAUAUACAUUUUAGCAGAUCCGCCAAUGACCUGGGCCGCAGGGUUGGCGCACCGUACGGUAUUGAGGUAGCUAGUACGCCUGUAGCUUGUAAGAAAUGUAGUCACACUACAGAUUUUUCCGUAUUAUUAGUAUUAGUUGGAAGUUUACUGUUAUUUCUAUUGAUAUGUGCUUGUUUCUUUAAUUGUUUUAUGAAUAUUAAAAGUAUUUUACC